AAAAAAAAAAAAAAAAAAAAAAAAGCAAAGAAAGUUAAAACAUUUACUUCAAAUACAAAUUUUAUACAAUAGGAACAAAGAAGUCAUACAAGAAACAACUCCAUCCUUUCCUUUGUUUUUCCAACCAUUUAUUAGAUUCCUCCAAUAACUCUUUCAUUUGCUCACUAUAAAAAAUUUAAAUUUUUUUAAAAAUUGUAAAAAAAUUAUUUGCAGCUGAAAAAAAUGUAGAAAAAAAACCCAUUUCAAUUUCUUGAUAAAUUUGUUCAUAUUAAUAUAUAUAUUUUUUUGCUGUUUUUAGUGGAGUUUUGUGGGACUUUAAUAUAUAAACUCCUUUGUGUUUUCUUGAGUUUUUACCUUUUAGUGUUUUCUGCAGAAGUUUGUUUUGGGUUUUUUUGCAGAAAAAAAAAAUAUUCAAGAAACUAUAUAAUUGUUGCUAUUAAAAGAGUGAAUAAAAUAAUUAAAAACUUGUAAAGAUUAUAUUUUUAUACUAUAUUUUUUUACCUUUUUAAAUUUAAUUGUUGUUUGUAAUUUUUUUUUAAGAAAAAAAAAAAAGAUUGGAUAGAUGGGAAAGGAAGGACCUUGCUAUCAUUGUGGUGUUACAAAUACUCCACUUUGGCGUAAUGGACCUCCAGAAAAGCCCAUACUGUGCAACGCAUGUGGAUCUCGGUGGAGAACAAAAGGGACUUUGGCAAACUAUACUCCUCUGCAUGCAAGGGCAGAACCUUGCGACUCCGAGGAUCACAGGGUUUCUAGGUUCAAAAACGUUUCUAUCAAGAACAAAGAGGCAAAGGUUCUGAAACGAAAGCAAAGUCAUGAUAAUGCUGACGUUGGAACUCCUCCCGAUUAUAAUCUAGGUUUCCGUAAGGUUUUAGAUGAAGAUAUUAGCAAUAGGUCAAGUUCUGGCUCUGCCAUCUCAAACUCCGAGAGCUGUGCGCAGUUUGGUAGUGCUGAAGCAAGUGAUUUGACCGGCCCAGCGCAAUCCAAUAUAUGGGAUACAACGGUGCCUUCAAGGAAGAGAACUUGUUUCAAUCGUCCGAAGCCAUCUUCAGUUGAAAAGCUCACCAAAGAUCUAUAUACCAUCUUACAUGAACAACAAAGUUCGUACUUAUCUGCAUCCUCCGAAGAGGAGUUGCUUUUUGAGAUUGACAAGCCUAUGGUUUCUGUCGAGAUAGGACACGGAAGUGUUCUAAUUCGGCAUCCUAGCUCAAUAGGUAGAGAAGAAGAAUCAGAAGCCAGCUCUCUAUCCGUUGACAACAAGCACCGUUCUGUCAGUGACGCUUAUUCACGAUUGACUACCCCUCUUGUAAAUAUUAGUAAGGGUGUCAAUUCACCAAAUAUGAGUACCGAGAGAACCAAGAAACCUACUGGUCCGGUAAUGGAACAAGACCAGAUUAAAAGAAACAAGGAUCACGUUGAAAAACUACAAAUUCUUGGACAUCAUAAUUCAGCCCUUCGUUAUAUAGACCUGAAGGAUGUACUUAAUUAUGAAGAAUUCACUAGUCAUUUGUCAAGCGAUGAACAACAGCAACUACUGAAGUAUUUACCACCCGUUGAUUCUUUUGCGCCUCCAGAUAGUCUUAGAACCGUGUUCGAGAGUUCUCAAUUUGAAGAGAACCUCUCUUCUUUCCAGAAACUUCUUGCGGAAGGUGUUUUCGAUAACUCAUUGCUGGGAGUGAAUUUAGAAGACUGUAGAACCUUAAAGAGAUUGAUAUUGUGCUAUUUAGCAAAGUCGAAGUGGGUGCAACAAUAUAAUUUACUCAAGGACACAAAAUGUAAGAACAAUAGCAGCGGUUCUGAAGUUACCGGAGAGCCAAGUGUUAUUGCCACAUGCCAUUCAGUGAAUGUGAAGAAACCACGAGAAGGGCAACAUCUGAAGUAUUCAGGUGCAAAGGCGGCAAUGAAGAGCCCGAAGAGGGUGGUGAUGAAAAGCAUCUAUGAGCAGAAGGAACUAGCAGCCAGCGAUGGCUCGUGCUUCAGUCCAAGAAGCUCAUUCACCUUACCUUCCGAGAAUAACUCCCUCAUGCUGGAUCCUUUCCAUUCCGCAAACCAAAAUUCCGAUCAGGACUUGCUGCUCGACGUGCCGUCCAACAGCUGCUUCCCUCAGGCAGAACUACUCGUACCGACAUCAAGUUUUACAACUCAAGCAAGUACCAGUAGUAGCUCAAUGUACCCUCCACAUUUCGUCCGUCCCUAACAAUACCAUCAUACCAGUAGUGUUGCAUAUCCCAUGCAAACAUUAUAUAUGGUAUUCGUCGAACGGGUUCGGAUGGUUGUCUUUUACCUUAUCGCGGUUUUACCUAUAUUGAAACCGGAAUUUUUUGGAUUUAGCAUAUAUGGAUAUGGUUGUUUUUACCCCUCCAUUUGUAUAGGUUUGAUGAACACUGUAUAAUAUAAGCUGAAAACGCCAGAGGUGGUAAUGAAUGGUUAGAAAUGUUGUGUGCAGUAAAGCUUUUGGCUUAAUUUUGGACA